CGGCCCGCCCCGCUGCUGUCUCUUCAAACGGGGGUUCCUACCGCCUGCAACGCUGUGCUAACGCAUCUCCCUGUGCAACCAUGACUAGCAGGAAAUUCUUUGUCGGUGGAAACUGGAAGAUGAACGGAGACAAGAAAAGUCUCGGGGAUCUGAUUAACACUUUGAAUAGCGCCAAGAUCAACGCUGACACUGAGGUGGUGUGUGGUGCUCCUUCCAUCUACCUUGACUUCACCAGGUCUAAGCUUGAUGCCAAGAUUGGUGUGGCUGCACAGAACUGCUACAAGGUUGCCAAGGGAGCCUUCACUGGAGAGAUCAGCCCUGCGAUGAUUAAGGACUGUGGUGUGGAGUGGGUGAUUUUGGGACACUCUGAACGGCGCCAUGUUUUUGGAGAGAGUGAUGAGCUGAUUGGCCAGAAGGUGGCUCAUGCACUUGAGAGUGGUCUGGGUGUGAUUGCCUGCAUUGGCGAGAAGCUGGACGAAAGGGAGGCAGGCAUCACUGAGAAGGUUGUAUUUGCGCAGACCAAAGUCAUCGCAGACAAUGUUAAGGACUGGAGUAAAGUGGUAAUUGCUUACGAGCCUGUCUGGGCCAUUGGCACUGGAAAAACUGCCUCACCGCAACAGGCCCAGGAGGUACAUGAUAAACUCAGGCAGUGGAUGAAGGCAAAUAUCUCUGAAGAUGUUGCUAACUCUGUUAGGAUCAUCUAUGGAGGUUCUGUGACAGGGGCAACCUGCAAAGAGCUGGCAUCCCAGAAAGAUGUGGAUGGCUUCCUGGUGGGUGGAGCUUCACUGAAGCCUGAGUUUGUUGACAUAAUCAAUGCAAAAGCAUAAAAGCUGCUCACUGUCCAAACGGCUGAGGCCAGCCAAGCAUGUUCCUCAGCUGUACAGGCCCAAACUCAAAGUACUUAGCCCCAUCUGAACUUUGUUUUUCUGUUUGAUAUUGCAUCACUUUCCUUUUACUGCUUCUGUAUUUUGUAUUUGUCAGACACUGUAUGUGAACAGCACCCAACAUAACAUACUGUACUGAAGAGAAGUUUGUUACUAGCCCACCACAUUAAGUAGUUUAAUCACAGACCAGCACUUACAUCCAUGGCUUUACUUGAAAAUGUUUACCAACUUUUGUUUAGUGUUGGCAUUAGGACAAGCCAAUCACUGAGGCUAUUUUUAUUUUAUAAAUUCUGUUCAAUGUUCCAUUAAUGUAAUUUUUUUUUUUUUCUAUUACAAUUUAAUAAUGCAUGGAUCUUUGACCCGUGUGGCUAGCAAGUGCUCAGCAUGUCAAUCUUGGGCAGUUGUACUUAAUGGUAAAAGUAAUAAAUGAGUGGAACAAA